AUGGUCAUACCGCAGUUUUGGGACCUGUUCAAAGAGCGGGCGACUGCACCAUUCUUCGUGUUCCAGGUGUUUUGUGUCGGACUUUGGUGUCUAGAAGAUAUGUGGUAUUAUUCGCUGUUUACCCUCUUCAUGUUGAUGACCUUCGAAGCAACACUUGUGAAAGCUCAGCUGAAGAAUAUGCAAGAAAUACGAAACAUGGGAAACAAAGCUUUUAUGAUACAGGUCUAUAGAAAUCACAAAUGGAUGAAGAUAAAAACUGAUGAGUUGGUUUCUGGUGAUAUUGUAUCUAUCGGGCGUUCUUCGGAUGAGCAAGCUGUACCGUGUGACAUGAUCUUGCUGCGAGGCCCAUGCAUAGUGGACGAGUCUAUGCUUACUGGAGAAUCCGUACCUCAGAUGAAGGAACCUAUCGAAGAUAUAGAAAAGGAUAGGGUCUUCGACAUUGAUGCGGAUAGUCGUCUUCAUGUGGUAUUCGGAGGCACGAAAAUUGUACAGCAUACUCCUCCAGGUAAAGGCGUAGAAGGUCUCAAAGGCCCUGACAACGGAUGCAUCUGCUAUGUUCUCAGGACUGGAUUCAAUACCAGUCAAGGAAAGCUCCUCAGGACUAUAAUGUUUGGUGUGAAAAGAGUCACUGCGAAUAAUUUGGAAACAUUCUGCUUCAUAUUGUUCUUGCUCAUAUUCGCCGUUGCUGCCGCUGCAUAUCUGUGGAUAGUUGGCAGCCGAGAUGAGUCACGCAACAAGUACAAGCUCUUCUUGGAAUGUACCCUCAUUCUCACCAGUGUCAUUCCUCCAGAAUUGCCUAUCGAGCUUUCGCUUGCCGUUAAUACAUCUCUGAUCGCUUUGCAAAAAUUAGGAGUGUUCUGUACGGAACCAUUCCGAAUUCCAUUUGCUGGUAAAAUUGAUAUAUGCUGUUUUGACAAGACUGGAACGCUUACUACCGACAAUUUAGUUGUCGAAGGGAUUGCUUUCAGUAACGAUGAAGAGAAAGGCCUCGUAAAAACUGUCUCCGAUGUCCCGCUGGAGUCUAUACAGGUUUGUUUGUAAUU